AUGAGCCAGCUGGAAGACUUUCCACGAGCCUCAUGUGAUAUCGUACAUCGGAAAUUCGUGCCCCAGGACCAGACCAUCAAUAGAGAGUUCUACCUCGACGUUUUGAAGCGUUUGAGGGAGGGAAUUAGGCGAAUGCUACUGGAUCUGUGGAGAGCGAAGAAUUGCAUUAUUCACGACGUCAGUGCACUCUGUCACCAAGCUCUUCUCACUCGGGAGUUUCUCGCUAUAAGCAACAUAGCAUCCUUUCAGCACCUCCCCUAUUCGUCAGAUUUAGCAAUUGCGAGCUUCCAUAUCUUCCCCAUGAUAAAAAAGCAACACCAUUGUCAAGAGCCACAGAGAAUCGGUGACUCGACGCGCUUACGGAAAACAAAUUUCCAGGCCGGAUUGCAAAAGUGGCAGGAAAGCUGUCAUCAGUUUAUUGCUGCAUAA